AUGCAUACUGUACCGAAGCUCAACGACCCCUCUCUGCUGAUCUCGAAAGCCUACGUCAACGGCGAGUUCGUGGACGCGGCCUCCAAGCAGACCUUCGAUGUAUUUGACCCAGCUACCGGGAAAAAGAUCGGGUCAUGUCCCGAGUUCACCAAGGAAGACACGGAAAAGGCCAUUGAGGCAGCCGUCGCAGCGGGCCCUGCAUUUCGCAAGCUUCUGGCCCGUGAAAGAGCAGGCCUCUUGAUGAAAUGGUAUGAGUUGAUGCAGGAGAACGCCGAGGAUCUGGCCACAUUGAUCACCUGGGAAAACGGCAAACCAUACAACGACGCAAAAGGGGAGGUGGCCUACGCGGCCAAGUUUUUCCAAUGGUUCAGCGAAGAGGCACCGCGCGUCUAUGGCGACACCAUCCCGGCCAGCGUACCAGGAAACCGAGUUCUGACCAUCAAACAACCAAUUGGAGUGUGUGGAUUCAUUACGCCAUGGAACUUCCCCGCGGCCAUGAUCACGCGCAAAAUCGGCCCUGCCUUGGCCGCCGGAUGCACCGUCGUGGCCAAGUCGCCAGGCGAGACGCCCUUCACCGCCAACGCUCUGGCCGAGUUGGCUCGUCGCGCCGGAAUCCCCAAAGGUGUAGUCAACGUUGUGACGGCGAUGAAGCACACUGCCGAAGUGGGCGAACUGUUGACGACAGACCCACGAAUCAAAAAGGUUUCCUUCACCGGCUCGACCAACGUCGGCAAACUCCUGAUGAAGCAAGCCUCCGGCACACUCAAGAAACUAUCUUUUGAACUGGGCGGCAACGCUCCCUUCAUUGUCUUUGACGACUGCGCCGACCUCGACGCCGCCGUCGCCGGCGCCAUUGCCUGCAAGUUCCGCAGCUCCGGCCAGACGUGCGUGUGCGCGAACCGCAUCUACGUGCAAAAGGGCAUCUACGACAAAUUCGCCGAAAAGUUCGCCGAAAAGGUCAAGAACUUCAAGGUCGGCUAUGGCUUCGACGACAGCACCACCCACGGCCCCGUCAUCCACGACCGAGCCGUCGAGAAAGUCGAUUCGCACGUCCAAGACGCCAAGAAAAAGGGCGCCAAGGUCAUUGUCGGUGGUCAGAAGCUGCCGGACUUGGGCUCCAACUUCUACGCUCCUACUGUUUUGACUGGUGUCACUAACGACAUGGCCAUUGCCCAAGAAGAGACUUUCGGUCCUGUUGCCGGACUGUUCCCCUUUGAAACAGAGAAGGAAGUCGUCGAGUUGGCGAACAGCUCCCCUGUCGGUCUGGCCGGAUACUUUUAUUCUCGUGACAUUGGCCGCAUUUACCGAGUCGCAGAGGCCCUUGAGGUCGGCAUGGUCGGUGUCAAUACUGGAAUCAUCUCGGAUCCCGCCAGUCCGUUCGGUGGUGUCAAGGAGAGCGGGUUCGGUCGUGAAGGAUCCAAAUAUGGCAUUGAUGAGUUUACUGUCAUUAAGACUGUCACUAUUGGUGGAAUCAGCAAUGAGUUGGAUGGAUAA